GCCCCCUUCCUGGCAUAACUUGUGAUCGCAGAGCCAUGAAAGUAUGUGAGUCCCUCCCCCAGCACAGACCGAUCCCACCCGGCAUAUGAUCUGGGCCCCAUGUCAGCCAGAGCAGGCAGCACCAGCUCACCAUGGCGCUGCUCGCAGCCGGAGCAGUGACCUUAACGAAAGAGGACUUCCACGGGGCUCCUCCACCCGUCUCUGGAGUGCCCAAGGCCGACAUGGACUGCACCAGAGAGAAGGACGAAGCUCUGGAGCAGUCAGUGAUGAGGACUGGAGCAGUGGUGCCAAAGAAGCGAGCAGUGAGAAGGCUGUUGAUGCACAGCAUGGCCAUGUUCGGCCGGGAAUUCUGCUAUGCCGUGGAGGCCGCCUUUGUCACUCCGGUGCUGCUCAGUGUAGGGCUGCCCAAGAGCCUCUACAGCCUCGUGUGGCUCAUCAGCCCUAUCCUGGGCUUCGUGCUGCAGCCUGUGGUAGGUUCAGCCAGUGAUCACUGCACCUGUAGAUGGGGCAGGAGGCGACCUUUCAUUCUGGGUCUGGGCAUCAUAAUGCUGUUAGGCAUGGCUUUGUACCUCAAUGGGGACGUGAUGAUCUCAGCUUUCGUCAAGGAGAGAGAAAAGCGACGGACGUGGGCAAUAGUCAUUACCAUGCUGGGAGUAGUGCUCUUUGAUUUUGCAGCUGAUUUUAUUGAUGGUCCCAUCAAAGCGUAUUUAUUUGAUGUCUGCUCUCAUCAGGAUAAAGAGAUUGGUCUGCAUUACCACGCCCUCUUUACAGGUUUGGGAGGAGCCCUGGGUUACCUGACAGGUGCUAUGGAUUGGGGUCAAACUAUACUAGGAUAUAGCUUGGCAUCAGAAUUCCAGGUGAUUUUCCUCUUCGCAGCCUUGGUUUUCAUAGUGUGCCUUACUGUACAUCUGUGCAGUAUUCCUGAAAUCCCGCUCAGAUACGAAAACAAAGAGGCAAAGUUCUUGUUGGAAGCGACUGAACCUCAUAACUAUAACUCCAUAGAUGAGGAAGUCAAGAAUGGUUACUUAAAAGCAAUGUGUAUUGAGAAAAAUGCUACAGCCAAGCCUGGGAAAUGCGCGGCCACAUCACGCAGAGAGGAACAAAGGCAGAUGACCCUUAAAUCACUCUUGAAUACACUUUUAAGCAUGCCAUACCACUAUCGCUGUCUGUGUGUGAGCCACCUCUUUGGAUGGAUGGCUUUCCUGUCCAACAUGCUCUUCUUCACAGAUUUCAUGGGACAGGUUGUGUAUCACGGUAAUCCUUAUGCCCCUCACAACUCCACGCUCUACAUAACCUACAAAACAGGGGUGGAGAUGGGAUGCUGGGGACUGUGCAUCAACGCCGUUGCUUCAUCACUCUAUUCUUACUUGCAGCAAGUCCUUCAGCCAUACAUAGGAUUAAAGGGACUAUAUUUCCUUGGAUACCUACUUUUUGGACUGGGUACGGGAUUAAUUGGCUUGUUUCCCAAUGUCAAUUCCACCCUGGCUCUUUGCUCACUCUUUGGAGUCAUGUCCAGCACGCUGUACACAGUGCCAUUCCACCUCAUUGCAGAGUACCACAGGGAAGAAGAGGUGAGUGCAAUGUUUAAGGAAGCACAAGGUGGUGAGGCAGUGAAUCAGAUUCGUGGCAAGGGCAUCGACUGCGCUGCUCUCACCUGCAUGGUCCAGCUGGCCCAGAUCAUUCUGGGCGUUGGCCUGGGGCUCCUGGUCAGUGUGGCUGGCAGUGCUGUCACCGUGAUCUCGGCAUCCACGGUGGCACUGAUCGGCUGCUGCUUCGUGGCUUUCUGUGUGCGCUACGUGGACUAGGACUGCGAGAGGCGAGUGUGAGGAAUCUCCCCGGGGGAGCGCRCUCCUUCUGGACCAGCAGCACCGGUGCUGUUGCUGUCCUGAUACUGCCCUCCUCUCUUACCUCCUUGGAUAGGCUGCAAUCCCAGAGAUUUAUGAAAUAGAGACUUGAUCAAACUGUUUGCCUAAUGCCCCAGACAGACACACUCACCCCCAGAGUGUUCACAUGCUGUGACAUGUGACAGUGUGUGUGCCCACGGGGUUUCGAUGCUCUGCACUAGAAGUCAUUGCAAAACUCCUCAUUACCAAUUUGGGAAAGUUAAUAGAUGAAGUAUGUGAUAAAUUGAAAUAAUAUGAAAGGACAGAGUUAGGAAAAGAGCUUUUAUUUAUCUUGUUUUUCAAGUGUCUUAAGUUUGGGGCUGUUUCCCUCCAGUAAUCAAAAACUGCAGGAGGAUCAAACAGGUGUCAGAGGCCAUGCAGGAUGCAGUCUGUAAUGAUUAGUAGUACUGCUAAAUGGGAUCAGUUAAUUACCAGCUACUGUCAAAAGCAGAUUCAGGUGUGAAAAAUGACUGGAAUAUAAAAAAGAUUGGAGCCUAUUCUUUAAAAUGUCUGUAAAGUAAUUAUUUUGUACUGUAUCCUGCUGCUCCUGUAUAAAUGAAGUGGAACUACAAGGCUGUGCUUGUCGGGAAUCUACCUAAGGCUGCUUUGCAAAUCCAUGUGUGGGCACCUAAAAACCUGUCCAUGGGAAACAGCUGCCAUUUCUCCCUUCUUUGAAAAGUGGCCUCUCAAUUUUGAUACUGUAAUUGAAAAAAAAAAAAAAUAAACUUGGCCAACAUAAGAAUUUGGUGGCUGGUUUAACACCACAUAAAUCUUGACACUGGAUAUCACAGCAUUUACCUUAAAGUAGCAUCUCUCUCUUCUSUAUUUUCCUUCAUGCUUUGACUGAAGUGGCAUUUGCUCUUUACAGAAUACUGUAAAUAAAUUUCAGUUCUGCAAAGCACUGUCAGGAAUUAUUGUACAGUAAAUGCUAGCCCAUUUAUUUGUAUUUAAUUGCAUGUGAAACUUCGUUCUUAUUUUUAUAAUAUUGCUAGAGUUUUGAAAAUCCUGUGUUUGUGAAAGCAAWAUACUGUAUUUAUGCUGUGCAUCCUCUGUCCUGAAAACUGCCAUAUCCAYCCACCAUGUUAAGCCACAUGAAGCCACCUGCUAAUGCAAUAUUGUUAGUGAACACUGAGAGACUAUUGUAAAUUAUGGUGUUUAUGGUUGGUUUUGUUGUUCUUCAUGUUGCAUGUGUAUAAUCAACACUGUUCAGAGAAAUGCAGUGUUGAGUUUAUCGGCUCUUAGAAGUUUUGCAAGAUCUGAAUUGACAACACCACAAAUAAAUGCUUAGAUCUGARCAUCGAGAGCCUCUGCAGAGAUGCAUCAGCUUCAUCCUUUUUCUAUGUUUUCAAGAGUAGAGUGAGUCACAUAUUCUCAGGAAAACUAAUUUUCUCUUAGGUAAAUUCUUAUUAAUUUUAACAAGCCUGUGAGACCCUCGGAUGCCUUUUCUUGUUGGUGACAGUCUCCACUGUGGGCCCCAAAAGGGAYGCAGUGAGUGGCAAACCUCACGACAGCUCCUUCACCCUGCCUUUUGAAGAAACUGUAUUUUAUGGUUUCUUUUGGUUUGUGGCUCUUCAUUUCCCACCCAUGAAAGAGAAAACCUGGGAAGAUAGAGCCCCUGGACUGUGUUUGAAAGAGUUUGCAGCACUGAGAUGGCUGGAGUACAAGAGCCUCAACUGGGACAAACUGGAGAAAGCCAGAAAAUGAAGGGUUAUUGUCUUCUCAAUUAGCUUUAUGCCAUCAGUAACUCACUAACUUCAAUCAACUCUGUAUCUCCUGGGAGGAUGAAUUUUUAAGUGAAGAGUGAGGCAUCGGUGGAGCCAUGGAACCAAAUAAAGGAGGAGGUGAUCUGGUUUUAUAGGACUGCACCACAUGAACCUGUGCAUCAGGAGCUGCUGUCCUAAAGCUCUGAUUGCACUGUGAGGAUGCAAAAGAAAUAUUGCAAUGUUUGCCUAUGCCUUUGUCAAUAUUUUCUUUGAGGUGUAACACCAUCAGAACAUCAACAUUUAAAUGGUCAACGUUGUCUCUGCCCUGUUACACAAAGAGAGGCUGGCUUUGAUUCAGGCCCACAAAGUGACCACCGAGCUGUGGAAACACAGGAAGGGUUCUGAACCUGCAGAGAGGAGAUGUGAAAUACACAUGUACAUACAUCACACACAAACAGACAAGAGAAAUGCAUGCCCAUCAUGYACAUCAAUGCUUGUAUUUACAAAUUUAUUCAGAGAAAAUUGUUUCAGGAACUCACAUUAUCAUUUCUCAUGGACUUUCCCUUUAAAACCCACUAUCUGCUACGGAAGACAGAACAGAUUAAAGUCAGCUUUUUUUU